UUCCAAGUCUCCUCUAACAAAUUAAUCAUAAACAUAUUAUGCUAAAAGAGUUUGGAGUUCAACAUUAGGAGCUAUCACCAUGGCACUGGCUCCUACAUUCAUUUCCGUAGCAAUAUUAUUAUUAUCCAGCCUCAAUUUGUUUUCCGUGAAUGCAAAUUCCUACACAGAAUUCCUGCGAAAGGGGCAAUCAGUCAGAAUAUCCGACACAUUUGUUUCAUACGGUGGAAACUAUGAACUUGGAUUUUUCAGCAGAGAUAGAGACAACUCCACCAAGUACUACGUAGGUAUAUGGUUCAAAAAGGUACCAAAUGACAAGAUUGUUUGGGUUGCCAACAGAGAUUAUGCAUUUCAAACAUCUUCAGCGUUUCUUAUCAUUCAACCUGAUGGUAACAUUGCGAUCAGAGACGGACCAAUGACAUACCUCGUGACCAACGUUUCGAAAAACAGUUAUAGUACCUAUGCAACGCUGCUGGACUCGGGAAACUUAGUAUUGUUGAACAACUCUAACAAAGCUGUUCUAUGGCAGAGUUUUAAUAAUCCAACUGAUACUCUUUUACCUGGAAUGACAAUCGGACACGAUAUUGACACAGGAUACGAUUUUUCAUUGACAUCGUGGACAAGUGCAGACGACCCUGCUAUCGGACCAUAUACUCUCCGAUAUGAUUCCGGUUCAGCGAGUCUAACUGUAAAUAAAGGUUCUAAUGUCUUGUGGAUUGAUGGUAAUUCCAAUUUAUCUAUUCAGAUUGUUUUCAACCGAGCGGGUAUGGAACAGGCUAGCUUCAACGACUAUUUCACUCUUCCAAUUUAUAGCCAUUCUAGAUUUGUAUUGGAUGUCUCCGGGGAUCUUAAAUACGAAGAUUGGUCAGAGAAAUCCAAGCGUUGGAUUCCUGUACAGUCAUCCAAGUGCGGAGCAAACAAUUCGUGCGGAGUAUUUUCCAUUUGUAAUCCACAAGAUCACGACCCUUGUCAGUGUCUCAGUGGUUUUGAACCAUUUGAUGGUGAUUCUUGGAGGAAAGGGAACAGAUCAGCUGGAUGUGUAAGGUUAAAAAACUUGUCCUGCAACACUACAGAUGGAUUUCUUCGGUUUGUUUCAGGGGAACUACCUCCAAAUCAUGUGAACGUGAGGCUGGAUUCUAUAGCACAAUGUAACUACACUUGCUUCACCAAUUGUUCUUGUGUUGCUUUUGCUUAUGAUUUGUUUGCUGUUAACUGCAUGUUGUGGAGCGACGAAGUACUGACUCUGAAGAACAUCUCAACUGAUAAAAACCCAAACUUUUUUUAUCUCAAACUUGCUGCCUCAGACAUACUUACCACAAGUAAUGUAACAAAUGCAGCUAGCAGACAUGGAAAGAGGAAGAAGAAUUUAAUUAUAAUUGUUCUUUUGAUCUCAUUUCUAAUAUUGCUUAUACUGCUUGGCUUAUUCGUUUACCAAACAAGAAAGCAAAGUAAGAAAGGGGAAGAUUUGCUAAAUUUUGAAGUAGGCAUGAGCAUGAAAGUUAAUCAAGACUCUCACAAGGGUACAAAAGUUAAAAGGAAAGAAGUCAAGUUACCAUUAUUCAGUUUUGUGAGUGUUUCAGCAGCAACGAAUAAUUUUUCAGACACAAAUAAACUCGGCGAAGGUGGCUUUGGACCUGUUUAUAAGGGUACACUAUUAAAUGGUGAUGAGGUUGCUGUAAAAAGGCUAUCUAAAAGAUCAGGUCAAGGAUGGGAGGAGUUGCGAAAUGAAGCCUUGUUGAUUGCAAAACUCCAACACAAUAAUCUUGUUAGACUUCUUGGUUGCUGCAUUGAAAGAGAUGAAAAAAUGCUUAUUUAUGAAUUCAUGGCCAAUACAAGUUUGGAUUGUUUUCUCUUUGGUUUGUACUUUUCACAAAUUUCUCCUAUAUGUGCUGCUCCAUUGUAUAUCAUCCAAACUCUAGUUAUAACAUUUUUGUGCAAAACAGAUGCGGAAAAAAGAGAGAUGCUAGAUUGGGGAACACGGGUUCGAAUAAUUGAAGGGAUUGCACAAGGACUCCUUUAUCUGCAUCAAUAUUCUAGGUUCCGGAUCAUUCACCGAGAUUUAAAAGCUAGCAACAUUCUGUUAGACACCAACAUGAAUCCUAAAAUAUCAGAUUUUGGAAUGGCGAGGAUAUUUAGUGAGAAUGUUCUUCAAGCAAAUACAAACCGGAUAGUUGGAACUUAUGGAUACAUGUCUCCUGAAUAUGCGAUGGAAGGCAUUUUCUCGAUUAAAUCCGACGUGUUUAGCUUUGGAGUCCUUUUGUUAGAGAUUAUAAGUGGCAAGAAGAAUACUGGUUUUUAUCAAACAAAUUCCUUCGAUCUUCUUGGAUAUGCUUGGAAUCUAUGGACCAACAAUUGUGGAAUGGACCUUAUUGAUUCAAAAUUGGAUGAUAUCUCCAACAAGCAUUUAGUGACAAAAUAUGUGAACAUAGGACUUCUGUGUGUACAACAAAGUCCAGAAGAUAGGCCAAGCAUGUCUGAUGUUGUCUCAAUGAUUGGCAAUGACACUGCAUCCCUUCCUAAUCCAAAGCCACCAGCAUUUCAAAAUGUGAGAGGUAUGGAAAACUCAAGUCUCUCUACAAUCACCAGAGAAAACAAUUCUGUCAAUGUUGUCACAAACUCAAUAGUUGAAGCAAGAUGAGGUUUAGAGUGACUUUACUAGUUGUGGGAGUUGAAAAGUUGCUUAGUUGGGGGUAACAUUGAAAAACUUGUUAAGUCAAUGCUACUAUUUUUGUUUUCUUUACUUUUUAU